GCGAUGACUUAGUCGUCAUACAGUCAAAAUAAAAGUUUUGACUAAGUCGUAAGAAAAACAAAACACAUCAACGGGAAGUAGAUAUAUACACCAUUCUCUUGCCGCCAUUCUCCGAUCCACACGCCGAUCAUCUUGCUGAGUGCGGAUCGUUUCCGAUAAGGAUUUUCCACAUCACUUUACUCUCAAGAUCCUCCGGCCGGUUAGCUUUCCGGUAAGAAGACGGAGCGUUUUCUUCUGGUCAUCAUCGAAAUAGUAUUCCGUCCAUUGAUCGAUCGGCGAGCGGUGGACGGAGGACGGCGACGGGAGAAACAGUGGCGGCGAAGUGGUUCAAGAGAGAUUUGAGGAGGAAGAGGAGAUUUCACGGAGUUUAUGGUCUAAGAUAAUUCUAGCAGUUUGCUGCUCCAGAGCUGGGUUCUGGACUCCUGCAUAUUGUAGGGAAACCGUUUUCUUUGGGGUUUUGCUCAACUAGCUUAAAGUGAUGGCAGGAAAUGUGAGGUUUGAGUCUUCCAACUCGGCUAUUCAAGAUGAGUUAGGAUUUGGGGGGAGUUAUGGCAAUGGACAGAGGAUGAGCCAGACAAGUAGCAGUUUAGAUAGGUCUGGAAACUAUCGCGAUGGUGGAGAGAGCCGGAUGUUUGGUCUGGGUUCUAGUUCAUCUCGAGGCAUUGCUUCCUCCACCGGGGAUCUGCCUACAUUAUCUCAGUUUUUAUUGUUGGAUCCUAUAAAAUUGGGAGAGCACAAGUAUCCUCGUCCAGAAGAGUUGAAAAAGGUUUUUGAGAUGUCAUUUGGGACGAACGUAGAAGACAGUUCAUUUGGACCUGGUCGUUUGAAGCUUCCUCUGGCUGUGGAGGAGCUAAAGCGGUUCAGAGCUUGUGUCCUGGAAGCAACUAAUAAGGCCAGGGGUAGAGCAAGAAGGAUGGAUGAAUCUUUGCACAAAUUGAACAAGUAUUGUGAGUCCCAGGUUCAGAAGAAGCAAAUUCGGAAUGAGAUCUUAACUAAUGAAAGGCCUGCUGGGCCUAGCUUGUUGAAGAAGGGAAGUCAGGUUCACCGAAAUUCUCCAGAUGUUGUGAAUCAGAGACUUGAAGACAGGGCAAAAAACAAUGUUCUUAGCAAGCGUGUUCGGACUUCAGUUGCUGAAUUAAGGGCUGAAGGCCGGACUAACAAUGUUAUGAGGCAGCCUCCACCCUUGGGGAGAGAUAGAGAUUUGCUUAGGGAUGGUGGUGAAGUUUCUGAUCUAGUUGAAGAAAAAAUUCGCAAACUUCCAACUGGUGAAUCAUGGGAUAGAAGAAUGAAAAGGAAGCGCACUGUGGGUACUGUGUUAAACAGACCGUUGGAUGGUGAAGGAGAGCUAAAACGCGUCAUGCUUCAUAAGCUUAAUAAUGAGCCAGGAGGGCAAUCAUCCGAGUCCCAGAGUGUCAGAUCAGGUUCUUCUAGUGGUAUAAGUGGCAUGAGCAAGGGCGAUGGAAGUUCUUUGCCUACUGGUUCAAGUGUGCGUAUUAUUCCCAAGGCCGAGCCUGAAAAAAAGCCUACUCUUUAUAGGGAUCCAACUGGUGGACAAGCAAAGGACCGAUUACAAGUUAAAGGAAAUAAUAAAUUAAAUGUUCGUGAAGAUAAUCAUGUAGCUGGCCCUUAUUUGCUGGCAAAAGGAAAGGGUUCAAGGGCACCCAGGUCUGGCUCUACUACAGCUGGAAGUUCGUCUCCUAAUAUUUCGCGCAUGUCUGGAGCACUUGAUAGCUGGGAACAACCUCCAAUCACAAAUAAAUUUCAAUCAGUAAAUGGGGCUAAUAAUCGCAAGCGUCCCAUGCCCAGUGGAUCAUCUUCUCCUCCCAUGGCUCAAUGGGUUGUCCAAAGGCCACAGAAAAUGUCCCGUACUAGAAGAUCUAAUCUAUUAUCACCUGUUUCAAAUCAUGACGAUGUGCAGGGGUCUGAAGGUUCUCCUUCAGAUUUUGGUGGUAGAAUGGCUUCACCUGUGACAAGUGGCUCAUUUCUUGCAAGGAACUUGUCUAUUGGUAGUCAACAGGUCAGAGUGAAACAGGAAGUUGUGUCAUCUCCUGCCAGGUUAUCUGAGAGUGAAGAAUCUGGUGCUGGUGAAAAUCAUGACGGUCAGUUGAAAGAGAAAGGAUCAGUGAGUGGGGAACUAGAUGAAAGAAUGUUGGUUUCUGCUGCUCAGAAUAAUGCUCCUAACAUAUUUCAUUCAAUGAAGAACAAAGUACAUGGCAAAGAAGAAAUUCGGGACAGUGCUAGAAGACAAGGAAGAAGCGGUAGAGGUUCAUCAUUUUCAAGGGUUUCAGUUUCACCAUCGAGGGAGAAACUGGAGACUCCAACUUUGACUAAGCCACUUAAAGGUGCAAGGCCUGGUUCUGAGAAAAACGGAAGUAAGUCAGGGCGUCCCCCACUUAAAAAGUUAUCUGAUCGUAAGGCCUUCACUCGAGUUUCACAAACAUCAGCUGUUGGUUCCCCUGAUUGUACAGGUGAAUCAGAUGAUGACCGUGAAGAACUCUUAGAAGCUGCAAAUUAUGCUUGUAAUCCAAGCUAUGUUUGCUGUUCUAGUUCAUUCUGGUGGAAAAUGGAAUUUUUAUUUGCUCCCGUCAGCCAAGAGGAUGAAUCCUUUUUGAAGCAGCAGAUAUCUCUAGACAAGAAUGAUGAGAGCUUUUCUGAAAUAUUGGACCAUGAGAACACUAUUCCGGGUACUUUUGUGGCAGAGGAGGAUUCAUCACCUCAAGCAUUUGAUUCUGGACGAAAAAGCCAGUUUUCACAUGAAUCACAAAAUAUGCUUAAAAAUGUUGAUCAGGUUGAUGAAGCUGAGGACUUUGUUACUUUAAGUGGAAAAUUAGAAUCAGAAAAGAGGAAAAUCGUUACUCCACUGUACCAAAGAGUGUUAUCAGCUUUAAUAGUUGAAGAUGAAACGGAGGAGUACCAAGAAAGUAGAGGGACAAAUAUGUUUUCACAUUACGGGGAAGAUGGCUUUCCUGGGGUUAUGCAUCCUUCCGUCAAUGUUGAGACUGGAAACUCCAUUGGAAUUACAUUUGAAUCUGAGUCGGAUCCUAAAACUCAGCAAAUUGCUGGUCGUAGAUUUACUUGCAAUGGGGGCACUACCUUCACAAGGCGUGACAGCCAGUCCUUCAAUGAUGACAUGCAUCAUGCUGAUCAUGGAUAUCAACCAUUAAACAACGGAUACUUCCCUGAGCUUCAUGAAAAUGGUCUUGAUGGAUCACCAGGCAUGCAUUUGAAAGAGCCUAAUGUUUCUGUCUUUAAUUGCCCGUAUGGGCAGAUGUCUGUGGAGGAUAAACUCAUGCUGGAGCUCCAGAGUAUUGGACUAUUCCCAGAGACAGUGCCUGACCUAGCAGAUGGGGAAGAAGAUAAUAUGAAUCAAGAAAUUCUUGAAUUAGAGAAGAAACUUAACCAACAGGUUGUUAAGACAAAAGUUCAUGGAAACAAAAUAAUCAAAGCAAUUGAGGAGGGCAGGAAAACAGAAGAACGGUCUCGCGAACAGUUUGCAAUGGAUCGGCUUGUUCAGUUGGCUUGUCUAAAGCAGUUGGCCACUCGAGGCAGUAGUGCUGCAAAGUUGGGAAUCUCCAAGGUAUCAAAACAAGUUGCUUCAUCUUUCAUGAAAAGAACUCUUGCUAGGUGUAGAAGAUUUGAAGAUACACAAAAGAGUUGCUUCAGUGAGCCUGCACUUCGAGACAUUUUAACUCGACCUUCUAACCGAAUUGAUGCAGAUGUUAUGAAUGGUUCCUUCCCUGGUGAAGCUUAUCACAGUGGUCUGCAGAAUCAUAAAAGUGGAAGGGGAUUACUUCAUUCUUCCGACCAGGAUUUCACCCGAACUGGGCCUAUAGUGAAUAGAGGGAAAAAGAAAGAAGUGCUACUUGAUGAUGUUGGAAGUGCUUGCAUGAGGGUUGUAUCAACCGUGGGUAACAAUUCAUUAGCUGGAGCUAAGGGGAAGAGAAGCGAGAGAGAAAGGGACAAAGAUAUGUCAGCUAGAUUAUGUGUUAACAAAGCUGGGCGUUCAUCUGCUGGGGAUUUUAGGGCUGAGCGUAAAACAAAAACAAAGCCCAAGCCGAAGGCGGCUCAGCUAUCUCCUGCUGGAAAUAGAUUUGUAGGCAAGUUGACGGACGGAACCUACUCUGACAACCCUGCAACUAGGAUUUCCAAUGAAGUUGCAAAUGAUAGCACAAAGAAGGAAUUUACUGUGGUAUUGCCCCUUAAUAAUGCUACUCAGGAUUCAUCAAAGGAAAUUAGUGAAUGUACAGAUUUCACAAAUCUUCAGCUACAUGAUUUAGAUUCAAUAGAAUUAGGUGUGGGCAAUGAACUUGGUGGGCCUCAGGAUCUCGAUUCUUGGUUGAACAUUGACGAGGAUGGAUUACAAGAUCAUGAUGCAGUGGGCCUUGAAAUACCCAUGGACGACCUCGCUGACUUGAAUAUGCUUUUAUAGUGCUUGUAUAGUGUACCUUUUUUCCCCCAUUUACUGGGGUUUUAGAAUUCUAUACUUUAGUCGGGGGGGAAGUUCCAUGUAUAAGUUAAGCCUCUGACAGAUUGGCUCUUGGUUUCAUUGUCAUCCAAUUCUUUCACUUCUAGAGGGAGGGAGGGAGUGGGGGGUGGAGGGUGGAGGAGGUCAUAAUUGUUGAUGUAACCAGAUAACUUAUUUCAUAUGCAAUCAAAACAAUUUUCUCGGA